AUGGAGUACCAACAAUUGCUAAUACCUUUCUGCUUCUAUUCACUUAUUAUCCUUUCUGUCCAGCAAUCGCAGCUUACUGGCUUCUCAUAUGCUGGGCAACAUCUAUGUGCCCGCGAUGAUGCCUUUUAUUUGCUUCAAUUUAAGAAAGGCCUCACAAUUCAUCCCAAAGGAAGUUAUAAUCAUGCGUGUUACUACAAGGCCCGAGCCAAGACUUUAUCCUGGAAUGUUACAGGAGAUUGUUGCAAAUGGUAUGGUGUUACUUGCAAUGGAUUUACGGGUCACGUGAUAGGCCUCGAUCUUUCUUGCAGCUUUCUUUACGGAACUAUUAAUGCUAACAGCAGCCUCUCAAAAUUAAACAAGCUCAUUUCUUUAGAUCUCUCUUUCAACGAUUUUGGAGGCUCAAUUUUAGAAUCCAUUGGCAACCUCACUGCAAUUAGAGAGUUGACACUUUCAAAUAACAAAUUCACUGGUAAUGUUCCCUCAACUAUCUCAAAAUUAAACAAGCUCAUUUCUUUAGAUAUCUCUUCCAACCAUUUUGGAGGCUCAAUUUUAGAAUCCAUUGGCAACCUCACUGCAAUUAGAGAGUUGACACUUUCAAAUAACAAAUUCACUGGUAAUGUUCCCUCAACUAUCUCAAAAUUAAACAAGCUCAUUUCUUUAGAUAUCUCUUCCAACCAUUUUGGAGGCUCAAUUCCAGAAUCCAUUGGUAAUUUCACUAGAAUUACAAGUUUGGAUCUUUCGAAUAACAGUUUCAGCGGAAAUGUUCCCUCAACUGUAGGAAAGCUGAACAAACUUAGCUCCUUAGGCCUCUCUUUCAAUAAUUUUGAAGGCUCGAUUCCAGACAUCUUUGCCAACCUUUCAGAGCUAUCUUAUUUAUAUUUUGAAACUAACAAUUUCACUGGCUCAUUCCCCUAUUCAAUUACAUCCUUGACUCACCUUGGAGGAUUAGAGUUGCACAACAAUUUACUAACUGGUACACUUCCCUUUAAUAUAAGUGGGCUUCAAGAGCUACAAACACUUGAUUUGUCCUUCAAUUAUUUCACUGGCACAGCACCCCCUUGGUUAUUCAAUCUUCCAUUGCUGUCGGAUUUAUAUGUUCAAUCCAAUCAAUUAACCAAAUUGCCAAAUGAGAUCAAGAGCGAUCACUUAAAGCACUCUGAAAUUGAUCUUUCGAACAACAAGUUGCACGGUAAAAUCCCUGAUUGGAUGUUAUCCAUGACCGUGGACGUGCUAGAUCUCUCUCAUAACUUCCUCACAGGCAUUGAAAAACAAGUAUGGCGCUCAAUGGAUUUGUUCUACCUUAAUUUGGAGAACAAUUCUCUUCAAGGGUCUUUGCUUCCGUCCAUUUGUGACAUGACUAGGCUUCGAAUCCUCAAUUUGGCUCAUAACAAUUUCAGUGGUUCAAUCCCAACAUGUUUGGGUAGUAGUCCCCUUGCUAUUUUAGACUUGCGAAUGAACAAUUUUCAUGGAGAGAUACCAAGAUUCUUACCAAAAGGGUUACAGUACCUUAGUUUACAUGGCAAUCAACUGGGGGGACAAGUUCCACGAUCCUUGGUUAACUGUACAAACUUGGAAGCUCUCGAUUUGGGGAAUAACAAGAUAAAUGACACGUUCCCCAUCUGGCUGGAGAAACUUCCAAACCUACAAAUUAUGAUUCUGAAAUCAAAUCUCUUUCACGGUCCAAUUGGUGAAUUAGUGUCCGAGUUUCCAUUUCCUGAGUUACGAAUCUUUGACCUUUCCUUCAAUGGGUUCACUGGAACUUUGCCACCUAAUUUUUUCAAAAAAUUUAGAGGUAUGAUGGAUGUGGAUGAAGAAAAAACAGGAAUUAUGAUGGAUGUGGAUGAAGAAAAAAUAGGAAUUACUCGAGACAGAAUUACCUUUACCAUGUUAGCUUGGUGA